CGAAAUGUCGCGUUUGGCCGCAACAUGCAAGUUCAGAUUGUCUAAAGUUCUCUGAUACUCUUGUCAUUAAGCUGCCGAACAUGGGCGGUCACUUUUCUGUCUAUAUAAACAUUAGCCCAGCACACCUCUUGAGAUUAAUCACUCGCGCACAUGAUCAGGCACAGUGCACAUGUCUGAGCAGUCACAGUCUCGCCUAUCUGGAAUGAAAGCAGCUCAGUGAUGGAGUUCAGAGAGCUGGGAGCAGACGACAGUUCUGAGGGCGAUAUGGAGGAUCUGGAUAGUGUAAAAGCCCUGACAGAGAAACUCAAACUUCAAACGCGCAGACCGUCGUACCUAGAAUGGAAGGAGCGACUGCAGGCUCGCCCGUGGACUAAUGCCACACACAGUUCAAAUGUCAGCAGCCCAGGAUCUGUGGAGGAGGACACUCAGCUAUCCGACAUCUGCAAAGAUGGGAUGCCUUAUAAGAAUAUAUGCGGCUUUGAUACUAUAGACGACGCGUUAGAAUGGCUCAGAAACGAACUGAGGGAGAUGCAGAUGCAGGAUAACCGUCUCGCACGGCAGUUGAUUCGCUUACGGGUGGAGAUCCACAGGUUGAAGGUGGAGCAGGUGUGUCACCGUCACAAAGAGAUGCUGGAUGAUGCCACGUAUGAGCUGGAGGAGUGCGAGGAGGACUCAGACCUGCUGUGUGACAUCCCCAUGAAAGCUGCCUUCACUCUGUCCACCCCUCUCAAACAUCUUGGUCUCACCAGGAUGAACCUCAACUCCAGACGAUUCUCACUCUGUUGAGAGGCACGGUGAUGAGAGACGCCCCUCAAGAAAAUUUCUGUUACUUUUGCUGACACUGCAUGGAAACCAAAGUUUUGUUUCAUUUCAGUGUUAAAAUUGGACCAUAACAGAAAAAUCAAAA